AGUCAAAAAUUUUCCGUGGAAGAGCUUUUUUUGAGUAUAGAACAUACAGCGCGCGCUAUAGGGAACCCACCCUCUAGUACCAUCAAUUCACCAAUUCGCUCUAGCUCGCCAGAUCCUAUUUUCUCUGAACAUUCGACCCCCUGGGUACAAUGGCCUCCCGCCAGUCUCGUAGGAUUCUGCGACCUCUGCUCUAUACAUCGCUGGCGGCUGCCACAGGAGCCGGAGUUCUCUACAUCUCCUAUCGUCCCCGCAAUAUCCCUGGUUCAGAAGCCCCCGCGGUUCCGCCGCCGGGCUAUCAUGAAGGCAAGCUCGUGCCUCCGAGCUUUCCCAAUAUCAAAUCCCGCCUCGAGCAAAUCCAAGACUUAAAGCGCUCUUCCGGUGGAGACAACUCAGAAGAGUAUGAUCUGCUUGUCAUUGGCGGUGGUGCCACUGGAUCGGGAAUUGCCCUUGAUGCUGCCACACGAGGGUUGAAGGUUGCCAUUGUUGAGCGGGACGACUUCAGCGCUGGAACAAGCAGCAAGAGCACAAAACUCGUUCACGGUGGUGUUCGUUACCUGGAAAAGGCUGUUUGGGAGUUGGAUUACAACCAGUACAAGCUAGUCAAGGAGGCUCUGAGGGAGCGAAAGUAUUUUUUGAACACAGCCCCUCAUCUGUCUAGCUGGCUUCCUAUCAUGGUCCCGCUACAGAAAUGGUGGCAGGCACCCUAUUUCUGGGCGGGAACAAAGUUCUAUGACUACUUGGCUGGGUCUGAAGGCAUCGAAAGCUCCUACUUCCUCACCAAGAGCAAGGCCAUCGAUGCCUUCCCUAUGUUAAGAAAGGACAACCUGUUUGGAGCCAUGGUAUACUAUGAUGGUGCCCACAACGACUCUCGAAUGAAUGUUUCGCUGGCGAUGACAGCUGCGUUGUACGGAGCCACUGUUGUCAAUCACAUGCAAGUUACUGGCCUGGAAAAGGACUCCUCUGGGAAGCUGAACGGCGCUCGUGUCAAGGAUCUUAUCCCCGGAAGAGAUGGACAAGAGGCGGAGGAGUUCACGAUCAAGGCAAAAGGUAUCAUAAACGCAACUGGCCCCUUUACCGACUCGAUCAGAAAUAUGGAUGAACCCGGCAUCAAGGAGAUCGUAGCCCCUAGCUCAGGUGUUCAUGUGAUCUUACCUGGCUAUUACAGCCCUUCAAAUAUGGGCCUUAUUGACCCAUCCACGUCGGACGGCCGUGUGAUUUUCUUCCUUCCCUGGCAAGGGAACACCAUUGCUGGUACAACGGAUCAGCCGACCGAGAUCACCCCUCAGCCCCAGCCUUCUGAGAAGGAUAUCAAUUGGAUCAUCUCCGAAGUCCGCAAUUACUUGGCUCCAGACAUCAAUAUUGAGCGGAGUGAUGUCCUUGCUGCCUGGGCUGGAAUUCGUCCGUUGGUGCGUGACCCUAAGGUAAAGAGUUCCGAGGCUCUGGUCCGCAACCAUCUCAUUACUGUCUCCCCCUCCGGACUCCUGACCUGUGCUGGUGGCAAGUGGACCACUUACCGGCAGAUGGCUGAAGAGGCGGUGGAUGAGGCCAUCAAUGUAUUCGGCCUGAAGCCUCGCGGUGUAACCGGCGCUCCGGAUAUCAGUGGUGUUGGCGGCAGUGGCUUGGUCUCCGACGGUGCUGUCCUUGACGGAUCUUGCCAAACCCACCAGGUCCGCUUGAUUGGUGCCCACGGCUUCUCCAAAACCCUUUUCAUCAACCUCAUCCAGCAUUUCGGACUCGAGGUGGAUGUGGCUAAGCAUCUAACGGAAUCAUAUGGUGACCGAGCCUGGCAGGUUGCGGCUUUGUCUUCCCCCACAAAUGCUCGCUUCCCUGUCCGCGGCCAACGCAUCUCCAGGCUAUACCCCUUCGUUGAUGGUGAAAUCAGGUAUGCUGUGCGCCACGAAUAUGCACAGACUGCCACCGAUGUCAUUGCUCGCAGAACCCGGCUGGCAUUUUUGAACGCCGAAGCAGCCCUCGAAGCCCUUCCUAACAUCAUCGAUCUCAUGGGUGAGGAGCUUAAGUGGGAUAAGAACCGGAAAGAAUCUGAAUGGAAGGAAAGCGUCCAGUUUCUAUCUUCUAUGGGUCUGCCAAAGGCUUUCCUGAGCAUGACGCGAGAGGAUGUCGAGGGGGGUAGAGUAAAGGAUCUGGAUAUCGCACAAAGAAAGGCCUUUGCUCGGUCCGAUCCCCCAGCGGAUGUGCUCAGUAGUGACAUUCCCUCGUCAGAUUCCAACAAGCUGAUACACCCCGAGUCCCCGGCAAACAAAUAGAAGUGUCAUGAGCUAUAGAGUGUUGCCUUAUGUAUAAAUAUUUUCGAUGUAUUACUUUGAUUUCAUAAUGUAUGAUGGGUCUGGUUAAAGAUUUUCCUCGUGUAAUUUUCUCUCAACCAAAGUGAUGAUAUGUCUCGGCUUCUCUAUACCUAAGAAUGGCGCCGACGGGCAAUACUAUAAUGUAUGUACUCGGCCUGCCUUGGAGUAAGUGGGAUCAUAUAGUGAAAUAAUCUGAAACAUGUCAGAUAGGGGAGACAUAUACCAUCUAGGCCUAAGGCUCCAGCUGCGUUAUGGUCAAGCCAUGAGCACUCAAUGCAUGUGGUGGUGAACUAUCAACAACAGAAGGAAACAGAUCGGGCAAGUU